GGAAUAUUAGUGAGGAUUUAGCAAGGGCUCAGCUACGGAUAUAUCGACGGACCACUAUUCCUCGCUAAUUAGUGGAAAAAUGAAGGCACUUAGCUAGGGUUCAACGAGGGAUAAAAACAAUUGUGUCAUUCGGUACGCAUUUCGCUGAAAUUGGCACAACCCAGUUUCAUUCUCACGAAGAUGACGCCACUACUCAACAUUGCAGCUCCCGAUUCUGGCAACCUCCACAAUUUUUAAUCUGAAAGUAUUCUUCCUUAACUUCCGAUUCAGUGAUCUCAAAAGGCUAUCUUUGGAAGAAAUACUCGCACAAUCUUCGUGAAGAAUCUUGAAGUGAUCUUUGCUCUGUUUUAGUAUCCUAUGGGGCUUGAGGAGCCAAACAGGAGUAGGAGCAAGCUUCUUCAGACCUCUUCUUUAAUUAUAACAUUUGUGAUUCCCCCUGAAUUGCCAAUGGAGUUGUCAAUAGCUGUUAAUACCUCAUUGAUUGCACUAGCAAGACAUGGUAUAUUUUGUACAAAGCCUUUUUUGUAUACCAUUUGCUGGGAAGGUUGAUAUAUGUUGUUUUGACAAGACGGGAACAUUGACAUCUGACGACAUGGAAUUCUCUGGAGUUGGUGGACUGAGUGUCGAUUUAGAUCUGGAAACAGACACUAAAAAAAUCCCAACUCGAACUUUGGAAAUUCUUUUUUUUGUGCACAACAAACUGGUUGAUGAUCCUCUUGAGAAGGUUGCAAUCAAAGGGAUAGAAUGGAGCUAUCAAUCUGAUGAGAAAGUCAUGCGUAAGAAUGGUUCAAACAGUUCAAAGGCAUCACUUUGCAUCCCACUUGAAAAGAAUGGCAGUUGUUAUUCGUACAGAAGAGCAGUUUUAUGCGUUUGUGAAGGGUGCACCUGA